AUGUCUCAAAGCCGUUUGCAGCAAGAUGAAGAUAGGCGAUCAUGUUGGGUCUGUUUUGCUACUGAAGAAGAUGACCGCACUGCAGCGUGGGUGAGGCCAUGUCGCUGUAGAGGUACAACAAAAUGGGUUCAUCAAACUUGCCUGCAAAGAUGGGUGGAUGAAAAACAAAAAGGCAACAGCACUGUUAAAGUUGCAUGUCCCCAGUGUAAUACAGAAUACUUGAUUUUGUUUCCAAAACUAGGUCCUGUUGUAUACGUAAUGGAUAUCAUAGACAGAGUGAUCUACAAGAUGUGUCCAUUCGUCGCUGGCGGUAUAUUUAUUGGCACUGUGUACUGGACCAUGGUUACCUAUGGUGCAGUCACAGUAAUGCAGGUGUUGGGCCAUAAAGAAGGCCUGAAUGUAAUGGAACAGGCUGACCCUUUAUUUUUGCUAAUUGGCCUUCCAACAAUACCCUUGAUGUUGAUCCUGGGCAAGAUGGUUCGAUGGGAAGACUACGUGCUUCGCUUGUGGCGCAAACAUUCCUCAAAAUUACCACUUAUCAACUACUUGUUUCCAGAUGAGCACUCACGACUGUCCCGAGUGCCUGCUGACACGGUAACCCUGACAGACCCCAUCUCUGCCACCCGGGUGCUGUGCGGGGCCCUGGUCAUGCCCACCAUAGCCACAAUUGUAGGCAAGCUCAUGUUCGGUUUUGUCCAGUCAAACUUCCAGAGGACAUUGUUGGGUGGCAUUGCAUUUGUGGCCAUUAAAGGUGUGCUCAAGAUUUACUACAAACAGCAGCAGUAUUUACGCCAGGCAAAUAGAAUCAUUCGUGACUACGAAGAGGAUACGCAGGAAACCACAAAUCCCAUUGUUGAAAGUCAAGUUGCACACUCAGUUGACCCACACCUGGUUGACCCACACCUGGUUGACCCACACCAGGUUGACCCACUCCAAGAAUAA